CUGCCCCAACCUUUGAACCUUGCUCCUGAAUUAUUUUCCUCUGCCGGGAGUCCCUGCGGCUCACUUUCACUCACCCGCUCUCCUUGAAAGCGCCCCACCAUGUGCACUGGGAAGUGUGCCCGCUGCGUGGGCCUCACCCUCAUCCCCCUGUCCCUGCUCUGCAUCCUGGCCAACGCCCUCCUGCUGGUGCCGGGCGGCAAGACCACCUGGACCGACGGCCACCUCAGCCUGCAAGUGUGGCUCAUGGCCGGCUUCAUCGGCGGGGGCCUGAUGGUGCUGUGUCCCGGCAUCGCCGCCGUCCGCGCAGGGGGCAAGGGCUGCUGCGGCGCGGGCUGCUGUGGAAAUCGUUGCAGGAUGCUGCGCUCCGUCUUCUCCUCGGCCUUCGGGAUGCUGGGCGCCAUCUACUGCCUCUCGGUGUCGGGAGUCGGGCUCCGAACUGGACCCAAAUGCUUAAUAAACGGCCAGUGGGACUAUCACUUCAAAGACGUCCCAGGCUCCUACUUGCGCAACCGCACGCUGUGGGACGCGUGCGAGGAACCGCCCCGCGUGGUGUACUGGAACGUGACGCUCUUCUCGCUGCUGGUGUUCGUGUCGUGCCUGGAGCUGGUGCUGUGCGGGGUGCAGCUGGUGAACGCCAGCCUCGGCGUCUUCUGCGGCGACUGCAGGAAGAAGGAGGUGGGGCGGCGCGGGGGGGAGCCGGGGCGAGGACCUCCUGGCUCCCUGGCCGCGUCCUCACCCCGUCUUUCCCGCAGGGCGCCGCUUGCUGAGGCCCCACCCGCCGCCCUGCUCGCUCUCGGACGCCGCCGGCCCUCCCCGCCCUGGAAUAAACCUCUGAGCUCUCGUGCGCAUGCGCGUCUCAGGUUGCUCCCAAUGCGCUGGGGGGGGGGGGGGGGACGUCCCAAGGCCUCCAGACAGACACGCCUGGCCUCGGGGCGCUCCUCUGUGGGCCCCCGCAAGUUUUCUUAACACGUAGUUACUGAGCCGUUGGCGUGCCCCCGAAUACGGUGGUAAGCAAGACAGGCACGUUCUAGGCGCUCAAAGAAUUUCACGUUCCAGGGGAGUGAGAUGGGCACGUUUUUUCAAAGGCAAUAGAUGACUUUCCUUUUUAAAAAACACGCCGGUAAUGGGCUAGGUGGUGGCUGAGGGAGGGACGUUUUGAAAUAAGAUGAAGUCCGAGAAAGUGAAAUUUGAAGCGGAAAUUUGCUGAACGGCCUAACCGUCCGGAUAGCCAGGGGGUUCCGGCAAGAGAGAAGCAAGCGUGACGGUCCUAACUUGGAAAUCCCUACAUCAAAAGCCACUCUUUGACUUUUGUAGGGAAAAGGAGAAUGUGGAAAAGACAAGCUAGAGUAAGCCCUAGAAAAUGAAAACUCAAGGUGUCCUAGCGUUUGGUAGAACCCAAUUUGGCGGAAGUUUCUCAAUCUGAGGUCACUGGUGCUUCCGAAAGGAAACAGUCUGGGCUCUUAACCAGGGCGAUGUGUCUGCAGACGCCCUCAGAAAGACGGACUUCCUUAAUUGCACGCAAAAUUGUGUUUAAGGGCAUUUUCCUGGGUUGUGUGGGUCCGUGACUUUCCGCGGCCUGCCUGGACUCCCCAGACCGAACCCGAAUUUGGGCCUGGCCCAGUGGUGGGCUGGGAGGAAGACUAGGACGCC